AUGUCGAAAUGUGCUUCUUUUGAAAAAGAAUAUGAAGUCGAAAGGAUUAUUUCGUGUCGCAAAAAGCAUGGCGUGAUUAAGUUUUUGAUCAAGUGGAAAGAUUAUCCCAACUCGGCAAACACGUGGGAACCUUUAGAAAAUUUGAAUUGCCCAGGGCUAAUAGAAGAAUUUAAAAGGACGUGGAAAGCGAAGUUAACGGAUAAUAGUUUCCAUAAGAGUUCAAUUUCUGGAUCACCAUCUAAACGGGCUUGUAGGACGAACCUUGAACAGGAUGAUCACUCGAAGUCGGUCGAAUCGAAUCGGACCCUGACGGAUAUCAUCGGGUUACAAGAGGAACGAGGUUUUCAUUAUUCUUUGGUUUUUUUUUUGUUUUACAUUUGUAGCAUUUAUAUUUUUGCUUAAAA